AUGCGCGCCGAAUUCGAGCGACCGCUUGGUCUUCUCCGAGAUUUCGAGAAGGCGGCGAUCGAACCUUGUCAACAUUACAACGGCAAUAUGGCGCGAUCAGGACUACAGAAGGAAGUGCUCAAGAUGUACAAGGCUGGUGUUAAGAAUGCCAUGUCGAAGUCGAAGGAGGAGCGACCGAACUUCCUCCUCCAGCUGCGGUACACCUUCCACAACCCGCCAUUGACGUCCCGUGACUACGCUGCAAUCGAGCACAAGCUGCGGAGAUUCAGCUACCAGCUCGAGAUGCUGCAGGACCCGAGCGUCAAGAAGAUGCACGUUAACCAGGACAUGCAGGAUUGGUGGGCGAACGAAGUUGCCAAAGCAAAGGCGCGGGCAGCGAAGGCGGCGCUUGAGAAGGCCAACACAUCCUCAUAG